AGUAAUGGAGGGGUCUGGUGAUGACUGGAGAGGUGACCCUGCUGGGACAUUAUAUAGUAAUGGAGGGGUCUGGUGAUGACUGGAGAGGUUCCUAUAAGGUGUCAGGACGUGGCGGUCUAUUUCUCCAUGGAGGAGUGGGAGUAUGUAGAAGGACACAAGGAUCAGUACAAGGAUCAGGUCAUGAUGGAGGAUCAGCAGCCCCUCACAUCACCAGUCAAAUCCAGUAAGAAAACAGCACCAGAGAGGUGUCCCCGUCCUCUUGAUGAGCAGAAUAUGGAGGACAUUCCUUUAGGGAAAGGUCUGAUCUAUAUUAAUGCUACAGAUAUAAAGGAAAAAGAAGAGACGGAUGUGAGUGGUGAUGAGCAGUAUAAGGUGGACAAUGACAUUCCUACAGGGAAAGAUCUGAUCUAUAUUAAUGCUACAGACAUAAAGGAAGAAGAGACAGAUGUAAGUGGCAAUGAGCAGUAUGAGGAGAACAUUCCUACAGGAAAAUAUCUGAUCUAUAUGAACGCUACACACAUAAAGGAAGUAAAAGAGACAGAUGUAAGCGGUGAUGAGCAGUAUAAGGAGGACAUUCCUACAGGGAAAGAUCUGAUCUAUAUUAAUGCUACAGACAUAAAGGAAGAAGAAGAGACAGAUGUGAGCGGUGAUGAGCAGUAUAAGGAGGACAUUCUUACGGGUAACCACCCAGGUGAGUAAUAACCACUAAAUACAAAGAAGGGUCACAGAUUCUAUUCAGUCACAAUAAUAUUUUCGGAAAGUAUUUGUGUAACUAGAAUCUUUGGGACUUCAGGGCAAAUACUAUCCCCCUCCCCCCUAUAUUGACUCUAUAGCAGUCGACUUGAUCCCAUCACCACUACAUAGUGACUGAAUAAUACCGCCAUACUGUUUAUGAAUCAAACACAUUAUAUACAGACUAAUAUUACUCCAUAUAGCAGUAGAUACCAGCUCUCUGUCUCUCUGAAGUCGCUAU